UGUGAACGCAUCAUGUGACAACAGCAUGAUCACGUGAAGAAUACGGAAGCGGACUGUUUUGCGAAAUAUUACCUUGUAGCUUCUUGUGGGUCUAUUUGUUAAGAAAUAAACAUCACCAAUGGUCAGGAUGACUCAGAAGCACUGCCUGGAGGGCCAGGUGUACUCAGUCCCUCUUAUCCAGCCUGACCUGAGGCGUGAGGAAGCGGUUAAUCAGAUAGCAGAUGCAUUACUCUACCUGGAAACCAUCUCCACAGACAUUUUCAGAAGAGUGUCUGAGAGUGUAGAAAAGAACCGCCGUCAGCUUCAGAGCAUCACAGACCGAAUCAGAUUAGCCCAGGCCCGUGUCGACAAGAUCAAAGGCAGUAAAAAGGCCACCAAGGUUUUCUCCAGUUCCAAAUAUCCAGCUCCAGAUCGACUUCAGGAUUACUCCUCUAUCUUCACUGGGGCAACAGACCCCUCAUCGCAAACCCGCCCCCGGCUCAGGAUACAGAACAGACUUCCGACCUUUGAUGAAAACGCCUUGCAGGAGCGGUUGUUGUAUUUCCCAGUGUGUGUGAGCAAUAAGAAGACAUCUGAAGAUGAGACAGAAGAAGGGCUGGGAAGUUUGCCGCGCAACAUUUCAUCCGUCAGCUCGCUGCUGCUCUUUAACACCACAGAGAACCUAUACAAGAAGUAUGUAUUGCUCGAUCCUCUUGCUGGAGCAGUGACCAAAACCCACACAACUCUAGAGACUGAAAAAGAAGAGAAACCAUUUGAUGCACCAUUGUCAAUUACGAAAAGAGAGCAGCUGGAGAGACAGACAGCAGAGAGUUAUUUCUAUGUGCCAGACCUGGGUCAGGUUCCUGAGAUAGACGUCCCGUCCUACCUGCCUGACUUGCCAGGCAUUGCAGAUGACCUGUCUUACAGCGCAGACUUGGGGCCCGGCUUUGCCCCAUCAGGAUCCACACAUAACAUACCGGAGUUGCCGUCCUUCUCUGAGGAGAGCAGUGUACCCGGGUCUCAACUCCAACCUAGUGUUCCACCUCCUCCUCCUCCACCCCCACCACCCCCCCCUGAGUCUACUGCUACUCCUCCUCCAGGAGUUACACCUCCCCCACCACCUCCUCCCCCUCCUCCAGCAGACAACCCUGCACAACUCUCUCAAGUGCCAGGCUCAGGCCCCGUGUCUGGUGCUCCCACUGAGGUGGUUCAGCCGUCGGACGGCCGCGCCAGUCUCCUGGAGUCCAUCCGCAAUGCCGGAGGCAUCGGCAAAGCCAAGUUACGCAAUGUCAAAGAACGCAAGAUGGAGAAGAAGAAACAGAAGGAGCAAGAGCAAGCAGUGGGAGCAUCAUCUGGUGGUGGAGACUUUAUGUCCGACCUCUUCAACAAACUUGCUAUGCGAAGGAAAGGAAUAUCUGGUAAAGGUCCAGCAGGUGGCGAGUCCAAUGACGCAACCCCUGGAACCAGUGGUGCAUUUGCACGAAUGUCGGAUGUCAUCCCGCCCCUUCCUGCUCCACAGAUGGCAACAGAUGAUGAUGACUGGGAAGCAUAACCGAAUAGACAAACUAUCAGAAAUGAUAAAUGCUGGAGUGAAAAACAGACGAUACUUAAUUUGUUUCGAAAUUGGUUUCUCCUCAAUCCCUCCAACAGGAGUAUAUAAAAAAUUUUCAGUUUUCUGUUUAAAAAAAAAAGUCUAAUAAUGACAGUCUGCUGUUGAGGACUGGUAAUAAACUGAAAUAAAGUUUAUUUAACAGAUGAAUUGAAACAGUCUCAGAAAAUUAAACAAACGUACAGACUACUGAUUAUUUUAACAGAGCUAAUGUACCCUAAGAGCAAGAAACAAUUUCAGUAACAUUAAAUAAAAUUUGUUUUCCAAUUUGCA